CGGAACGCUACACAACAGGCGUAACGAAUUUUUUGGUAUCAGAAUACUAUUUUUAUGUCCAAGCUUGAACCCCGCAUCCCUACAUAGGCUCACACAAGCAAACUCUUAUAGACAAUCAGAGACGCACACAUGCAGUUAAACGGAGAUAUUACGGUAGAUGUACGAGCGCUGCUACAAAGCAGAGUCAAGUUCACGUCAAUCAGCCGAGAUUACACAGUGCACUCGAAGGCGGUUGGGAAAGGUCGCUUUGCCAAGGUGUUCACUUGUACGAACAAAGAGACUGGGGCUACGCACGCUUGCAAAGUCAUCAAGAAGAGUCAUCUACCACAACAGUAUGACCCGUUGACCGAGGUGGAGGCACAUCUUAUGUGUACCCCACACCCCCGUGUAGUGGAUGUAAUGGCUGUGUAUGUGACCUCUGAGGAUAUAGCUAUAGUCAUGGAGUUCUUCCCAGGAGGGGAGCUGUUUCAUGGCAUCGUAGAGCAAGUAUACUAUGCUGAGGCGCCCAGUAGAGAGAUUGUGCGCAGUCUGCUGUCAGCCCUGUUGUUCUUGCACGCCAACGGGGUCGUACACCGUGACCUGAAGCCAGAGAACAUAUUAAUUUCGGGCUCGGCGUCGUGCCCUUCCGUGUCAAUUGCCGAUUUCGGAACCGCAUACAUCAUGAAGAACGAGAAGGAUAUCUACUCCCCCGCCUGGGGCUUUACUUUGGGGUACGCUGCACCCGAACUUCUGGAGCAGGGCCGCACCUACGGCAAAGGAGUGGAUAUGUGGUCUCUGGGUGUGAUCAGCUAUGUGCUUUUAUGCGGUUAUUCGCCGUUCAGCGGGGACGAUGUCGAUGAGCUGGUGGACGCUAUCCAAUCAGGGACCUUUGAGUUCGACGACGAGUUCUUCGGGGAUGUCAGCGAGAGUGCCAAGGAUUUUAUCACGGGCUGUUUGCAGUGCGAUGUGAACGAGAGACUCACAGCCGAGGAGGCAUGGGCGCACGAGUGGAUGACCGAGGAGAUGGAGGAGGAUGUGGGGGUACAUGGCAGUUUUAGUGACCACUACGGGAGUGCGAGUAUGGGGAGCUGUGGCAGCAUGUUGUCGGACAACGGUGUGCACGUGGGCACCCCACAGCUGCUGAGCCAUAUCUACGAGGACGAAACGCGCGAUGGCGCGCAUGGCUGUGAGGGCUUGUCCAUCACCGACAGUCUGAACGAUAUGCUGAUGGAUGAAAGCGGCGAGCUUGAGAAGUCCGAGCGCACGCGUACAAGCGCGCAGGCACUCGGGCGUGGACAGGGGAUGGGUGCGUGUUCCGGUGCCAUGCCGGCUAAGGUAUCGAAGAGUAUCACGGUGAACACAGGUAAAGACAGCAAGGACAGGACCAAGGAGCUGUACGACCUCUACAACGAGGCCAGUGUUGCUGUGCCGAUGGUCGAUGUACCGCAGUACAGGGCGUGUUUCAGAGACUUGGUGCGAAACCACUACACCUCACACAACUCGGGUGGGUGAUUGUGCGGUUUAAUCGAGUGUUUUGGGCCGAGGAAACAUUGCGGCCAAAGGUUCAGAGUGCGCUGAAUGGGUUCUUUGGCCAGCUAGCCAGUCUUUCUAGGUAUCACAUGCCCAGCAUGUAUGUGCAGCACGUUCUAGCCUAUCAGAGUUGACUAAGGGAUCCGAACGUUUUUAGAGUCACUUCGGAUGGUAAUGGAAACGAACGAGGCCAAUUCACACGGCUCAUAUAUGCAAAAGGGUGUUUCGAUCCUUUCCGACUAGUUUAUCUAGUCUGUGCCUGUUGUGCUAUACUUGGCAUAGGCGCCGCUAUAUAACCGCGCACGCGCAGCGUUUCGCGUCAGUCAAUAGUGGAGCGCAAAUCAUGGCGUAGUCAGCUAAAAUGCGUGUGAUGGCGUACAUCAUAGCUUCGUUAAGGAAGCUACGUGCACAGAUACUACAGUAGAGUGGUUGUGUUACAUACACGUUACCAACCACACCUAUCCACGUGCCACGCACACGCACGGCCCCUAAGCCGAAUUUCAUUCACGAGCUUGCUACUUGUCAAUUACUGGGUAUACGCUAUGUACAUUCCCUUCUGGUGGUGUCUAUCGCACACUUGCAUUAACAGGACCACCAAAUCUGCCAAGGUAAUGAUCUGACCACUAUUAAGGGUCAAGAUCGAGUGACAACCGAGGGUAAAUUAAACAAUUACCGCAAACACACACUGCAACACAUACGCUCUCUAAACGCUCUAAACCCUCCUCAAACACACACACACCCUAAACGCCUCAAACCCUCUUCAAACAUACACACACCCCAAACAUCUUCAAACCCUUGAAACCUCUCUUACAUACACAUACACGCAUCUACCCCUGAAACCCCUAUGUAUCACAAGGUACAAAUUAUUCCUUCAACUCAUAAGGGACUUGCGGCCAAAAUUACCCUGCCGAUAUUAGUUUCUAGAGCUCGGCAACUAAAAAUAAAUUUUUAUUUCCAUUCG